UCCAAAAACCUCCAUUAGUAUUCAACAUAUGAUCGACCAUGCUUAAGUUAUGGAUUUUUUUCUACAUCAUCUUCACGUUUUUAGCGGCUAGCCUCAUACUAAUCACCAUAGCCUUUUCACUUCUCAAUCUCAAAAUCUUCAUAGCAAACUCUAUCAGAAACCCAAAAUACCCUCCUGUUGUCGGAACCGUAUACGGUAAACUCUUCUACUUCAACACCCUCCAUGACUACCUAGCUGAUAUUGCCCGGAAACACCAUACUUUCCGGCUUCUUGCCCCAAAUCAAAGCGAGCUAUACACAACCGAUGUUACAAACAUCGAAUACAUACUUAAAACCAAUUUUGAUAACUAUACCAAAGGCCAGCAUAAUAAGGACAUUAUUCAAGACGUGUUUGGCUAUGGGAUCUUCGCUGUUGAUGGCGUUAAGUGGAAGCAGCAGAGGAAGCUUUCAAGUGUCGAGUUCUCGACUAGGGUUUUAAGAGACUUCAGUUGUGCCGUUUUCAGAACCAAAGCAGCAAAAGUAGCCAGAAUUGUUUCUCAUUUCGCCAUGGUCAACGAAGUCUUUGAUAUACACAAUUUGCUGAUGAGAAGCGGCUUGGAUUCCAUUUUCAAAGUUGGGUUCGGAGUGGAUCUUGAUUGCCUAGAAGGAUCUACGGAAGAAGGGAACUCAUUUAUCGAUGCGUUUGAUGAUGCAAAUGCUUUGACGUACAGGCGCUACAUAGAUCCCUUAUGGAAAAUUAAACGUUUUCUCAAUAUUGGGCGUGAAGCUUCUCUUAAGAAGAAGAUCAAAUUGAUCAACGAUUUUGUUCUCAAGUUGAUCAGCAGAAGAAGAGAACAAUUACAAACACAGAAACACCAUAAUCACAAGGAGGACAUACUUUCAAGAUUUUUGGUCGAAAGUGAGAAGAAUCCGGACAUGGAUGAUCGAUAUCUCAUGGACAUAAUCCUAAAUUUCAUUCUAGCUGGAAAAGAUGCUAAUGCGAAUACUCUUUCUUGGUUUUUCUACAUGCUUUGCAAGAACCCAGCAAUACAGGAUAAAAUUGUAUCAGAAAUAGAAGAACAUAUCGGGUAUCAAUUAGGAAAAGGGGACAAUGUUGAAGAUUUUGUGGAGCGGAUUAGCGAUGAAGUACUUGAGAAAAUGCAUUAUCUCCAUGCAGCUUUGUCUGAAACCUUGAGGCUAUACCCCGGAGUGCCCGUGGAUGGAAGAGUUGCAGAAUCAGAUGACAUUCUACCCGAUGGUUAUGAGUUGAAAAAAGGGGAUGGUGUGUACUAUAUAUCCUAUGCCAUGGGAAGAAUGUCUUACAUUUGGGGAGAUGAUGCCGAAGAUUUCAAGCCUGAAAGAUGGCUUAAUGAUAAUGGCAUUUUCCAACCAGAAUCUCCUUUCAAAUUCGUUGCAUUUCAUGCUGGUCCUAGGAUUUGCUUGGGGAGGGAUUUCUCUUAUCGUCAAAUGAAAAUAAUGUCAAUUGCUCUUCUUAGAUUCUUUCGCUUCAUAUUAUUUGAUGAAACAAAAAAGGUGAAUUAUAGAACGAUGUUUACAUUGCAUAUUGAUGGAGGCCUUCAUCUCGUCGCAUUUCCAAGAGCAAUAAUAUAAGUUCUUUGCUUAUGAGCAUUUGGACGUGUGAUUUCAAAAUGAUUAUGUUGAAUAAUCUGAUCAGUCAUGUCAUGUUAAUAUGAUACAACAUAAUAACUAAUUUGUUGUAAUAUAACGUGAUUUAAUAUAUAAGAGCUAGAUAGUGUUCGGAUAUACUUGUAAGUGAUGAAUAGGCGUCUGAAGUUGUAAUAAUCACUUUUGAUGGUAUUAAAUGUAUGGAAGAAAGUCGCCAAACAUUAAAACGUAA